CGUGUUCCCUGCUGUGAAAUCGAAAGAGGAGACGCUAUAUCUAAAUAAGAUGUGGGCGCUGACUCUGUUGUACACACUUGUCCUGGGCACCUUGCUGCAUUCCGCCAUGUGUGGCGCCAAAACCAACUUUGGAGACCACCCCUCCGCUCAAGGGUUCCGCCAUAAACCGCUAUCUACGUCACAGUAUCUAGGACUACAGAACUUAUUUAGUACGUACAACAAACGGAUACCCUUCAACAUGGACAGUCGCGCUUUCGACAUAGGCCUAGACAUGGACCGUUACAACAAAUUCAUGGAUUGGAGAACUCUGUUCGGAAAAAGAAGUUUUGCUGGUGCGGAUAAAAAUGAAUUCCAGGACACGGAAAAUCCAUUUAAGGCCGAUUAUCAAAAUUGGCGUGAUGGUUUCGCGUCUGAGAAGAAGAAUACCAGGAAAUAAUCACGUGACCCGUUCUGUCUUAUUCACUCGUCAUCUGUCAGCUCCUGAUGGCUUUAUUGAAAUCUUUUCCUCUUUUCAAUUUUGUUUUACAUCAAAAACAUCAGCUCUUCUAAUGGUCUAUUUAAGUUCCUUUUAAUAAAAUCACAAUGAACGAGUUCCUUCCAAUAAAUCGUGACUUUAGAAACGUUUUUCGAAUGAUAUGUUGAUGGACCUUCACAUUUUCUGUAUAACGUUUAUGCGUAAUUAUGUCAUUAAAAUCUUGUCUUUAGAAAUUUAUUAGGAAUACAAUGUUAAAAUACCAUAAUAGACCUUUAUAGUUUUGGAAGUCGAUUUUUAUCUGUGAACAGGUCAUUAAAAAUUUAUUUUCUUUUUAAUACCGAUACGAGCGCUAUGUUUGUGAAUCAUUGAUGCUUGAAAUGGACGAUUUCCUCAGAGGCUCGUGGGCUACAACACUUGCCUUAACCGCACACCGUAUCAUCCGUCUAUACAUUGAGGCCUCACAUUUAAGUCCAAAACCAUGCUUGCAUGUAAUUUCAUAAUAUUGUUUGGAAAAAUGAAAUGUUUUUAUUAAAAACUUUAUAAAUUUGUUCUUGUUGUAACCUUACCCAACUUUCUUUCUAAUGUGCAUUUUUAUAUGUAUAUGCUUUAAAUUCCAACAUUAAAGACAAAAAAUCUCUGAAAAAUCGACUCGAAUCCUAAUCUAUGUAAUCAUUGCUUGAAAACAUUUAAAUCUGAACUGUAUGAUGACUGUUUAAUUGAAAUGUUUGGUUAUUUUAUGUGCUUGAAUAAAAUUAAAGAAUUUAAA